AGCGCUUAAGUCGCUGUAUUGUAUACUAGCUAGCUUAGUCAUCGCUCGUCGAAACGGGAGGCCCAGGUGUAUUCGUGGUGUUUUCCCUUAGUGUUAUUAAGAUCUUUGUGACCAACGGGACAAUAAUGCAAGUGCCCCAAUUGACAACAAAUUGAAAACAUCACAUCAAGGUCAGAUUUUGGCGGAAUUCCCUUUCCAAGAAUUUUGGCAAAAUGUCCCUCAAGCAGCAACUGGUUCGCGACUCCGACGACGCGGACAGCGAUAAUGAAAACGGCAGUACAGGGCUGGAAUAUUCCGUUCGCAUGCCUGCGGAUGAUGAGGAACAAGAGCGACAGGAGAAUGGCCCGACAUUUACCAUCCGGCAGCGAAAGAAAAAGGGACAGUCUCCGUAUGAGAGCCUCGACUACGACGUGUGCGAAAAUGUCCUGUGGCAGCAGGAACACCGGAAGAUCGUGCCCCGGUUCACGGUGCGGAAGGACUUUUCCCGGUGGCUCAUUUCGAUGCAGAUUGGCAUCUGGACCGCGCUGGUCGCCUGUGCCAUCAACAUCGUGAUUGACGAGGUGUCGCGGCUCAAGUACGGCUUUCUGAAGCGAGCCGUGGACGAGAACGUGCUCGGCGGUGAUCUGGCCAUUCCGUACCUGUGGUGGGUGCUGCUGAACGUGGUUCCGGUGUUGAUCGGGGCGACGCUGGUGGCGUACGUGGAACCGGUCGCGGCAGGCAGUGGGAUUCCGCAGGUCAAGUGUUACCUGAACGGGGUGAAGGUGCCGCGGAUCGUGCGGAUCAAGACACUUGCCGUGAAGGCGGUGGGGGUGGUCACCUCGGUGGUUGGGGGUUUGGCUGGGGGUAAGGAAGGACCGAUGAUCCACAGCGGGGCGGUUAUUGCGGCUGGGAUAUCCCAGGGUAAGAGUACCACGCUGAAGAAGGACAUGAAGGUGUUUCAGUACUUCCGGGAUGAUCAUGAGAAGAGGGACUUUGUGGUUGGGGGAGCGGCGGCGGGUGUGGCCGCGGCUUUUGGAGCACCGAUUGGAGGCAUUCUGUUCUCGCUGGAAGAAGCUGCUAGUUUUUGGAACCAGUCGUUGAUCUGGCGUACGUUCUUCGCUUCCAUCAUCAGUAGUUUUACGCUGAACGUCGUACUGUCGGCUUAUCACGGUUUGAGCAGCUUCCGGUAUCGCGGUCUUUUCAAUUUGGGAGAAUUUAAGCCGCUUCCGUUCGAGUACUACGAACUACCGAUCUUCAUGCUGAUGGGAGUCCUGGGAGGAGUCUCCGGAGCCAUCUGGAACAGUGUCAACACGCGGAUCAACCUGUUCCGGGCACGCUUCGUCAAGUAUCGCUGGGCCAAAGUGAUGGAAGCGGCCUUUGUCGCGAUCAUCGGAGCGACCGCUGCCUGUGCCAUGGCCUACAGCCUCAACGAUUGCCGCCCACUCGGGAACGAUCCAACGGAAACUCCCGUUCAGCUGUUUUGCGAGGACAACGAGUACAACGCGGCGGCCGCUCUCUGGUUCCAAACUCCGGAAGCUACCGUGAAAGCCCUGUUCCACGAUCCUCCCGGCUCCCACACAAUCCUAACCCUGGCCGUCUUCGUCCUCAUCUACUACCCACUCUCCUGCAUCACGUACGGCCUAAGCGUCUCCCUAGGAAUCUUCAUCCCAACGCUUCUGGUCGGCGCCGCCUGGGGUCGUCUCUUUGCCUCAUUCGUGGUCCUCGCCUUCCCAGCUUCAAGCGUGUUCAUGAACCCCGGAAAGUACGCCCUCAUCGGAGCCGCAGCCCAGCUCGGUGGAAUCGUCCGGAUGACGCUCAGUCUCAGCGUAAUCCUGCUCGAAACGACCGGAAACAUCGCCUUCGUGCUGCCCAUCAUCAUCACGCUGAUGUCGGCCAAGUGGAGCGGAGAUUACUUCAACGAAGGCAUCUACGACACGCAGAUCCGGACGUCCAAGGUGCCGAUGCUGCCUUGGCACGUCGAACCCAGGCUAGAGAACGAACUGGCGGAGAACAUCAUGAACGCGCCCGUCGUUUGCGUGCGAAAACUCGAAAAGGUCAACUACAUUAUCGAUAUUUUGAAGAACACGACCCACAACGGAUUCCCGGUGAUUGAGAGUGAUGAAAAUGACACUCGCGAGGACGGCAAGCUGAUCGGAUUGAUUCUACGAUCGCAGCUGGUGGUCAUCCUCAAACGAAGCAUGUACGUCGAAACGGAACGGCACUGGCGCGAUCUGGUCACGAUCGAGCAGUUCCGCAAGGAGUACCCGCGCUAUCCAACGAUUGAUGACCUUCGCAUCAGCGAGGACAAAACGCUGAAAAACUACACCGUCGACAUGAGCACGUUCAUGAACCCCUCGCCGUACUCGGUGAACCCAGACACGUCCGUGCCGCGCCUGUUCCAGCUGUUCCGGGCACUUGGCUUGCGCCACCUGGUGGUGGUCACACAGGAAAACCGCGUCCGCGGCAUCAUCACCCGGAAGGACUUUCUAAAGGACGAUUGAAUCUCUCUCACCCUGUUUGAUGGUUUUUGAACGGAACUUUUUUAAUUUCAUCGUUGAAAGUGCCACAGAAAGUGAUAUUAUCUAAGCUGAGCGGCGUGUGUGUGUAUCUGAUGAGUCCGUGACGGAACAGUGCGCUUAGUAUUCUACACGGGAGCGUGGACCAAAACCACAAUAUUUUACACAGUUAACUUGAAUAUAUAGAUUUUAAACAUUUAAGAUAAA